ACUUUAAGAGUUUAGAGUCCAAACAGUUGACCAAGCUGUACUCGUUUAUUAGUUGCCUCACUUCUCUCAUCUUUUCCAAAACGCCUUCCUCCUUUAACCCAACAACUCUCUUCUACUUUUCAUUUCAGAUUACCAUCCUUUUCCCCUCACUAAUUUAUCAUCUUCGAUCACAAACCUCUCAAUUUUCUUAUCUGGGUCCUUUUAAAUUUCAAUAAAGAUUCUUCCUUUUUACUAAUUCUGGUAUCAUACCCCUGUUUUCUGAUCUGGGUUGCUCAAAUUUGGUGUCAAAGUGGAAAAUUUAAGACAUGGGUUUCUGUUUAAGCAAAGAAAAAAGGUCUCAGCAAUACCAAUAUAAUGGCGCUGCUCGUGGAUUACAAGAUCAUCAUCAUCCAAAAGAACCUGCGCCUUACCAAUCCAAAUCCCCUGUUCAACCCUCUUAUCAACUACCCUCUGACCAACCUGCUCCGCAAAUCCCAAGAAAACCAACUGCGUCAGCUCCAAGCCCCAAGCCAGUCCACAAGCCAGACACAAUUCUUGGCAAACCAUUCGAAGAUGUCAAAUUGCAUUACACGAUAGGAAAGGAAUUGGGCAGGGGCCAAUUUGGUGUGACUUAUCUUUGUACUGAGAAUUCUACUGGGAAAAAGUAUGCGUGUAAGUCUAUUUCCAAGAGGAAACUUGUGACCAAGAAUGAUAAGGAGGAUAUGAAGAGGGAGAUUCAGAUUAUGCAGCAUUUGAGUGGUCAGCCUAAUAUUGUUGAGUUUAAAGGGGCUUAUGAGGAUAAGCAAUCUGUGCAUUUGGUGAUGGAGCUGUGUGCUGGUGGUGAAUUGUUUGAUAGGAUUAUUGCUAAGGGUCAUUAUAGUGAAAAGGAAGCUGCUUCUAUUUGUAGGUCUAUUGUGAAUGUUGUUCAUGCCUGUCAUUUCAUGGGUGUGAUGCAUAGAGAUCUUAAACCUGAGAAUUUCUUGCUGUCUAGUAAGGAUUCCAAUGCCCUUUUGAAGGCUACUGAUUUUGGACUUUCAGUUUUCAUUGAAGAAGGAAAAACAUAUCGGGAUAUAGUUGGAAGUGCAUACUAUGUUGCUCCUGAAGUACUGCGUCGUAGAUAUGGAAAGGAUAUAGAUAUCUGGAGUGCAGGAGUCAUACUCUAUAUCUUACUUAGUGGUGUACCUCCAUUUUGGGCGGAAUCGGAGAAGGGUAUAUUUGAUGCCAUUUUAAAGGGAGAUAUUGACUUUGAAAGUCAACCAUGGCCUACUAUUUCUAGCAGUGCCAAGGACCUAGUCCGCAGGAUGCUGACACAGGACCCCAAGAAAAGAAUUUCUUCUACACAAGUCCUAGAGCAUCCAUGGCUCAAGGAAGGGGGAGAAGCUUCAGACAAGCCAAUAGACAGUGCAGUUCUCUCAAGGAUGAAGCAAUUUAGAGCAAUGAACAAGCUGAAAAAAUUGGCACUAAAAGUCAUUGCAGAAAAUCUUUCUUCCGAUGAAAUCCAAGGGCUGAAGUCCAUGUUUGCAAACAUUGACACUGAUAACAGUGGCACGAUCACUUAUGAAGAACUGAAGACAGGAUUAGCUCGACUUGGAUCCAAACUCACGGAAGCUGAAGUCAAGCAGCUUAUGGACGCUGCUGAUGUUGACGGAAAUGGAACGAUAGACUAUAUCGAGUUUAUUACUGCUACAAUGCAUAGACACAGGCUAGAAAGAGACGAGCAUAUCUAUAAAGCAUUUCAACACUUUGACAAGGACAAUAGCGGAUUUAUUACUAGAGAUGAGCUGGAAACAGCUAUGAAAGACUACGACAUGGGCGAUGAUGCAACAAUCAAGGACAUCAUCUCUGAAGUCGAUACAGAUAAUGAUGGUAGGAUCAACUACCAAGAGUUCCGCACAAUGAUGAAAACCGGAAACCAGCACCAAGGCAAGCUCUUUUAGCACAACCAACUCAUAACAGAGAGUGGAUGCUCAUCGAGAUUUCAAAGACGUCGACAAUCUGAAGCUGUUUCUAUAGAUGCUUUCCUUAUUAAUGCUUGAAACUGUUCCAUUUAUCAAAUUUUCACCUAGCAAGUGUGAAUUUCUUUCCAUGUCAGGUUAGAAACGACAAAAUUGUGCAUACGUUACUUCGAUCAUUGGCAUUUUCCAGAAUUAAGGUUUUUUUUUUUCUGUCGAUUUUGUAAAGAUAUAUGCAAUUUUAAAAAAUUAUUAAACUUUGAUAUAAUCCGAGCACUCUGCAGAUUUCUUC